CCAAUCCCCACGCCUCUAUCGACCCACCCAAAGCAGAGCUGUUCGACUCGCCGAGUACACACGCGCGAAGCGCGAGCCAAACCCUACCCCCCAGCCGCGACCCCGAUCCCCCAACCUCGUCGGCGAUGAGCUCCUCCUCCAACGGCGGGAAGAAGCCGGCGACCGGCGGCGGCCGCGGGGGGCCCACCAUCCGCACGCUCGCCGACAUCAACCGCGGGCCCGCCGGCUUCCCCGGCGCCGGGGGCAGCGGCAGCGACUCCGACGAGCCCCAGGAGUACUACACCGGCGGCGAGAAGAGUGGGAUGCUUGUUCAAGAUCCAACUAGAAGGAAUGAUGUGGACUCAAUCUUUGAACAAGCCAGGCAGACGGGUGCUAUCCAAGCACCACCCCCUUUCCUUGAUAACCAGUCUUCCAGCUCGAGGAGCUUUACAGGGACCGGCCGACUGCUUUCAGGGGAGACAGCACCAUCUGCUGCGCCUGCGGCUGCACCUGCAUCUCAGGAACCAGUUCACAUACUCCACGUCAUACACUUGUGGAACAAUGGUUUCAGUGUAGAUGACGGUCCACUGAGAGCCUAUGAUGAUCCUGAAAAUGCAGAAUUCAUUGAGAGCCUUAAGAUGUCCCGGUGCCCCCAGGAACUGGAGCCUGCUGACAGAAGCACACCAGUUCAUGUGAAUGUUAUGAAAAGACUUGAAGAUUACCAGGAACCGAUAAGGCCCCGAUCAGCUUUCCAGGGUGUUGGAAGAACACUUGGAGGUGGACUUUCUACAGAUGAGAGUUCAGCACCUGCUCCUGCUUCAGCGCCCCCUGCUGCUUCGAGGUCCACCAGCUUCGUUGUGGAUGACUCCCAGCCAUUUACAUCCAUACAGCUGAGGCUGGCCGAUGGCACUCGCAUGGUUGCCCGGUUCAACAUGCACCACACUGUGGGCGACAUCAGAUCCUUCAUUGAUGCAUCCCGGCCUGGAGCUGCGAGGCCAUAUCAGCUGCAGACUGGCUUCCCACCCAAGCAGCUGACCGACCCAACCCAGACUGUUGAGCAAGCUGGCCUGGCGAACUCUGUUAUCAUGCAGAAGAUCUAAUGCUUCACCGAGCUGGGAACCCAGAUGCAUAAUGCGUCUUUUGAAACUUGGUAUCGUCGAGUGGUUGGUAACCGGCCUAUUGCCGUGUCAGCCUCUUUGACAACCUAUCAGAGUUUAUAAGUUGUCAGUGAACAUGUAUACAUUCCUAUUUACAGCAACUACUGAAGUACCACAUUGACAUUUUCUGCGUCUGGUUAAUUGUUAUUGACGUUUUCUACA